UGCUUGAAUUCCUCCAAAGGGUAAUUGAUAAUCGAGAGAAAAAUAAAAUGACAUUAAAGAAUGUUGCGAUGGUGAUGGCCCCAAACCUUUUCACAUUUCAUGGGUUUGGCUCAAAGACUAUUGAACAAAGCGAGUUUGUUAUGGCAGCUGGAACAGCAAAUGUCAUGCGCUUUAUGAUUCAGUACCAAAAACUUCUCUGGACAAUUCCUAAGUUUAUUGUUAACCAAGUGAGAAAACAAAACACUGAAAGACAGAAGAAGGAGAAAAAGGACAAAGCUAUGAAGAAACUUCUCAAAAAGAUGGCAUAUGACCGGGAAAAGCAUGAGAAGCAGGAGAAGACCCCUAAUGAUGCUGAUGUUCCUCAGGGAGUGAUACGGGUGCAAGCGCCUCAUCUUUCGAAAGUUUCCAUGGCAAUACAGCUGACAGAAGAACUGAAAGCCGGUGAUAUAGUAGCCAGGUUUCUCAGCCAGAAAAGUGGAAAUGUCCAAACACUCAAGAAAGAAGAGGUCUUUCUUUAUGAAAUAGGAGGAAAUAUUGGAGAACGCUGUCUUGAUGAUGAUACCUACAUGAAGGACCUACACCAGCUCAACCCAAAUGCUGAAUGGGUUAUAAAAUCUAAGCAGAGCUAAGCUCACAAUUAAUGGAAAAAGAACAACCUGUGGACUUGCUUUGUAAGGUUGAAUGUUUCAAAGGGAUAGUGCGUCCAUUCAGCAUUCAGCUGUGUUAUAUAUAUUAAUAGAAUCUUAUCCAGUUAAAAAAAAAAA